AUGAUUAAAAUAUAUAAUUUUAAGCAUUUAUUUAAAUUAUGCUGUAAUUUACUUGAGAUUUUACAUUUUGAUUAGGAACUUUUAAAUAAGGUCAAUAUUUUCAAGAAGUAAUUGGUGUAUUUGCAAUAUGAAAAUAAAGGAUCAUUUUCAACUGAAAAAGAUUUUUGUGCUUAUUUUUAACAAGUUGACACCAGAAUAAUAAUCAAAAGACAAUUAAAUAUAUUUAUUUAAAAAGAAUAUAACACCAAUUUGAAAAGAUAUCCAAAAUAAAUUUGGAGGGGGAUUCAUUUUCAAAGUUUGAAAAAGUCUUGGAAAUUAAAUUCUUAAUAAAUUGGUACUUUCAUUUAUUGGUGCUGAUUAUGAUUAUCAUGAAUUUAUCAAUAGCAUAGUUUGUCAUACACAGAAAGGAUUCAUUUAAAUAUCAUUAUUGUUUAAAGUUAUCAUACAUAAUAUGGAUGCUUUUACAACCAUUAAAAAGUAAUUGAAAGACUCUCUCUAAUUAAAAAAAGACAGAGAUAUAAAAUUAGCUUUCCAUCCACAUACCUGA